AUGGAGCGCGGGGACGAAUGCGACGAGAAUGCCAGAAUACGAUCCAGCGCUAAAAUCAAUAAUGGGGAAAAGAAUAAUGACUUCCAAAAAGGGUCAGGAGUUGUCGAAUUUUGCGGAAAAACGGAAUUUGCAGAUGGUGUUUGGAUAGGUAUAAAUUUAGAUGGACCAAACGGAAAAAAUGAUGGUUCAGUAAGAGGAGUUCGGUACUUCGAAUGCGAACCAAACCAUGGUAUAUUCAUGAAAGCAAGCCAGGUACGUAUAGAAGGUCGAGGGAAAUCUGGCAUGCGCAUACCUACUACUAUUCGUAAAGACAUGAAAAGCAAAAACUCUCCUUAUAGCUCUCCUAGAAUUACACCUUCCUCUUCUACAGAGAAACUGAAAAAUGUAGGAAAAACUCAGCUUACAAAAAUAUAUUCCAAGGAAGAUAUUGUUAGUAAAUUUAACCCGAAAUCAUCUAAGACAGUUGAAGAGUUUCAAAGUGCUGAAACUACUCAAAAGUUUGGUGUAUCUGUUACGAAAUAUCCUUCGGGGAAGAAACUGGAUAUUGAAGUGAAUGACUUGAAUGAUUCAGAGAAUUUACCAGUAUCAGAAAAUGUGAAGAGCAUUGUUAAGAAGAUGGAAGAGUCACCACUAUUGGCUCCUGUUGUAUUACCAUCUGGUAUGGAUGAAUGCAAUGAGCUCCAAUGGCUCCGCAUACAACAUAAGGAUCUUACUGAAAAGAUCGAAAGUUUAAGAUUUAGAAGAAAAGAAGAUCAUAUAAAGCUAAUUGAAUUUGAACGUAAUCGAAUACAGUUGGACACUUUGCUUCAGUUUAAAGCCAAAAUACUUGAGGAACACACAAAUUUGCAGCGAAAAUUGCAAGAAAAAGAAAAGGAAUUGCGAGAAGCUCUUCGUUCAAAGGGAAACGAAAAUGAUGAUCUUAAAGAAAUUGAAGAGCGCCUUGAACUAAUAACAAUUGAAAAAGAGAUGGCAGAAGAAAAGGCGGACAUACUUCAAGCGGAAGUUGAAGCUGAAAAGCAGCGGGCAGAGACAUUGGAAAUCGAAUUAAAAUUGCUGCAAACAGAAAUGGAACAAGCUGGUGACAAUUUGUUGACAGGUAAUAGUGUGCAAAUGAAACAACUUGAACAACAGAAUGAAAAACUUCGUGAAGCAUUAAUAAGGAUGCGGGAUGUCACGGGGCAAAUGGUUGUUGAUAAGCAAGAGAUAAGUCAAGAAAAUGAAAAGCUGAAGAAUGAACUGGCUUCUUUGACCAAAUUAUGUGAAAAAAUAAACAAAGACGCAACUGUUUACGAGAAUACAAUAACAGAGUUAAGAGAACGGGUUGAUUUAGCAAUGGGAAGUGAAAAAAUGAUAGAGACAUUAACAGAUAAGAAUUUGGAGAUGGAAGAAAAAAUUAGAACCUUGGAGGAAACGAUUGCUGAUUUUGAAGCCAUUCGUGUGAUGGAUGAAGAAAUUUUAGAGACCCAAAAAGACGCUGAAAAAGAAUUAAGGGAAGAACUUGAUCAAGCAUUUGGUAAAAUAAAUGAGUUACUUUUUCAAAUCAAAACUUGUAAUGCCCAAGCAGAAGAUUACGAAAAAAUGAUUCUUAUGUUUCGUAAGAAAGUUAGUGAUCUGAAUGAAGAAAUACAGGAACGCUAUGAUGAGCAUCUGCGUGUUUUGGAGCGAUUAAAAUUUUUGGAAGAAGGGAACACUACUUCAGAAAUGCCAAGUGCUGGUUUCGUCGCAGCACGAACUUUCUCAGAAAUUGUCGACGCAGAAAUAAAAUCACUGGAGUUUAGAUUCGCUCUUCAACAUAUUGAAUAUUUAAAAGCUUUCAUGCCGGAAAAUUUUACGAAACCUGGAGGUGAUGAUGAUGUAAUCAUAUUGAAUGUGCUGUUCCCUCGACUGUAUGAAAAAGCGGUCGUCUUGGCUAAAUUAAUAAAUGAUAAGUAUCCUCCUGUACCUGGCGGUUUGCGACGCGAGCAUGUAACAAAAACGCACAAGGCUGAACAGUGGGCGCUAUGUGCAAAAUUCAAUUAUUUAUUAAACUCAUUUGAAAGUGUAGUACGGAAAUUCGGAAGGUCCAAUUCUCAUGCUAGGGUGCUUAAAUUAGAUUCAGAGGAUUUUCGAACAAUUGCUAAGAAUGUGCUGAUGAGCUUUCUUUUGCUUCACAAUCCCUACCCUGCUGGCAAAUAUGAGCGCGCCUUGGAGUUUAUUGGCUCGAGCUUGAAGUCUUGUGGUUCCAGCUCCCAACUGUGCAGUGACUCGUUGACGUUUACCGAUGUGGAACCAGUAAAACUCACACAUAAAAUCUCAAAGUUUAAUCAAUUUUAUAGUGAUUGUUUCAGUGCCAUACAAAGCUGUUCAGUGGAAAGACUUUCACGGUUAGCUCAGCUACAGCUUGAAAUUCAAAUACAAGAAAGGAUGAUCGAUCAGUACAUUGAUUUGUUGAAAACAAGUUGCCUUGAUGAGAAUACACCCUCAGCGAAUCUUGAAAAAGGCGUAUUAUAUUUCCAAAAUAUUUUCUCGGUACACAUGAGUGGAGAAACAUAUGAUGUAAAACAGAGUUUUUCUGAUAUUAUUACUCAGUUCCUUUCUGGUAUGAGCUGGAUGAAAAUAAAUACCCAGCGUUUUCUAUACUUUUUACUCGUUAGUUUUACUCUAACCGAAAAAAAUUUGUUCUCUGAAGAAUGA